AUGUGGUUGAUUGUAGUUGAGAAGUUGUCCCAAGAAACAAAUGGUUACGUUGGCAUUUACUACUUACCAUGUGGUGCCAACAUUUAUACAAAAAAGGAUGCAAUUAGAGGAGGAUACCCAAUUUUAGUUAUCGCAGAAGACAUUGAGCAGGAGGCUUUAGCGACCCUUGUCGUUAACAAGCUUAGAGGCACACUUAAGAUUGCAGCUCUCAAAGCUCCAGGAUUUGGAGAGCGCAGCCAACACCUUGACGAUAUUGCCAUCCUCACUUGGAGAGCUGGAAAAGAGGUUCUUGGACAUGCCGCAAAGGUCGUCCUCACUAAGGAGACUUCGACCAUUCAAGCAGAGCAAGAUUAUGAGAAGGAAAAACUGAAUGAGAAAAUUGCAAAGCUCUCUGGUGGAGUUGCUGUGAUUCAGGUUGGAGCUGAUAUCGUGAAAAGAGCACUGAGUUACCCUCUGAAAUUGAUUGCCAAGAACGCAGGAGUCAAUGGAAGUGUAGUUAGCGAGAAGGUUGUGAGAUGUUGCUUGGAACACGCAGCUUCGGUUGCAAAGACAUUCUUGAUGUCAGACUGUGUCGUUGUUGAGAUCAAGGAGCCUGAGCCAGUUCCUGCAGGCAACCCAAUGGACAACUCAGGAUAUGGAUACUGA